AUGGCGGGACAUGAGGUCCUCCCAGUAUCACGCGGCGAGGCCUGCAACUCGUGCCCAACCUCCUCCCUCGAGAACAUCGAGAAAGGUUACUGUGGAAGCGCGCCGUCAUUUGACCCCAGCUGGCUCAUUGACCCGAGCUGCGUCGAGAUUGGUCCAAAAAUCACAGAAGGGCCACGCUCUACGGUCUUCCAAGGCUUGUACAAAUCCAAGCCUGUCGCUGUAAAAAUUAUAGAGCCAACCAAAGAAUCAACUGAAUUGAAGGAAAAAUUUCAGAGAGAGGUUAUACUUCUUGCAAAGGUGAAACAUGACAAUAUUGUGAAGUUUAUUGGUGCGUGUUUUGAACCAUCUCUGAUGAUACUUACUGAGCUUAUGAGAGGUGGUACAGUUCAGAAGCAUCUGCGGAACAUCAGGCCACAGACCCUAGAUCUAAAGCUUUCCAUAAGUUUUGCAUUGGAUAUAAGUCGGGCUAUGGAAUACUUGCAUGCAAAUGGUAUUAUCCAUCGUGAUUUAAAGCCAGCCAAUCUACUUCUUACAGAAGACAUGAAGCAAAUUAAGCUGGCUGAUUUCGGGCAUGCUAGAGAGGAGAUAGCGGGUGCAAUGACUAGUGAGGCUGGUACAUACCGGUGGAUGGCUCCUGAGUUAUUCCACACAGAGCCACUUCCAAGAGGAGUGAAGAAGCAAUAUGAUCACAAGGCAGAUGUGUACAGCUUCUCCAUAGUUCUGUGGGAGUUGCUGAUGAACGAAACUCCAUUCAGGGGAAGGGCUAGUAUAAUGGCAGCAUAUGCUACAGCGAAAGCAGUACGGCCGAGCCUGGAUGACAUUCCUGAGCAGAUCAUCCCACUCCUGGAGUCCUGUUGGGCACAUGACCCAAAGACCCGGCCUGAGUUCAUGGAAAUCACAGAUUUUCUUUCCAACUUGUUCAAGGAACUGUGUUCAACUGAGGCUGAACCUCCCAAAGUCGUUGAGACUGAAGUUGAACAUCCUGAGAACUGCAAUGUGAAGAAAGAAGAAUCGGCAAUUACCAACCAUGUGAUUGACAGGCCUGAAGAGAAGAAGAAGGGUAAAAGGCGAACGAAGAGCAGAUCAUUAAGCUUCUUGAGGUGCUUUGUAUGUAAGUGCUGGUGUGGUUGACAAGUGGCAUUGUGGGUUCUGUUUUGGGUUCUUUAGGGCUGAGGGGCUCACUCCACAGGCUAGGAAUUGUUUUGGUUAUUCACUCACCUUUUGUAGGAUACACAGAAGAACUACAGAUAUAGAUAGGUACACACAGCCAGGGUUUCUGAGCUGAACUGUUGUUAUGUAACUUGUGUUACAGGCAACUGUACAGAAAUUACAUUGGUAGGAACCUUAGAAUAAAA